AUGGAAAAAAGGGCCUCGAGUGCACCAACGGCUACUAAUGCCGAUACUGAGGCUCUGGUGAAAGCUCUGGAAUUAACGACGACUGAUGCCCCAAUUGAUUUCCCGGUAGCCACUCCUACCACUGCGCCCACUACCACUAAAUCGAGCAAUGGCGAAUCGACGGUAGUUGCCAUCACCCAAACCCAAACCGACUCCGGCACUGCGAGUAGUUCUGCAACCUCAACCUCAACCAGAACCGGAACCGACUCCCUAUCCCUGUCUAUUCCAGACAUCCCAUCCAAUCAACCAAACACUUCAUCCCCAGGGGGUCUUUCAGCAGGGGCAUCAGCGGGAAUAGGAGUAGGCGUCGCGCUGGGCGUAAUCGUCAUCGCAGUCCUGGCAUUCGUCUUCUAUCGCCGCCACCGAAAUCGUCGAUCGAUACAACAAGUACCCGAGCUGGGGACCGAGGGCCAGAAACAUGAGCUAUCUGCGGAGGAUACCACACGAGUAGAGCUUGGUGUGGAAGGAGAAAAGCAUGAGCUUUCUGCGGAUAGCACUAGGGACAAUUUGAAGAUAGGCUCUCAGUCGAAGGGAAGCCGUUUGCAUGAGUUGGAGUGA